AAGAUUUUAGUUAGAGCAAAACUAAUUUUUUUGGAUCUUAAAAUAGCUUAUCUCAGCUCCCGUCCAAUGGCAGCACUACAGGAGCUAGCGUUUAACCCCCACACGAAGCAUCACCAAAUUGAAAACACACAGGCAAGGCUUGUUCCAUUCUCCAUCGCCAAACAGAAACACUGGGAACAGUUGUUUUUUCGGCACUAAGACUGAUAGAGUGCCGACAGCCUUUUCCUUGACAUGAACUAGUGUCGGUAGCUAUGUCAAAUUCAAGUUAUAAGUGGACGCGGGUGUAUCCCGCGACUGGGCCUACCCCGAAGCCCCGGCAUGGACACCGCGCUGUAGCCAUCAAGGACCUGAUGGUGGUGUUCGGCGGCGGCAAUGAAGGGAUCGUCGAUGAGCUGCACGUUUUUAACACAGCUAACAACCAAUGGUUCAUCCCUGGAGUAAAGGGAGAAAUCCCACCAGGUUGUGCAGCAUACGGGUUUGUCGUGGAUGGCACAAGGAUUCUCGUAUUUGGUGGAAUGGUCGAAUACGGGAAAUAUUCUAACGAUCUGUACGAACUUCAAGCGAGUCGGUGGGAGUGGAAAAAGUUAAAGCCGAGAGCACCAAAGUCUGGAACCUACCCUUGCCCUCGUCUGGGACACAGCUUCACACUGAUCGGAAAUAAAGUUUACCUCUUUGGUGGCUUGGCAAAUGACAGUGAUGAUCCAAAAAAUAACAUCCCAAGGUACCUAAACGAUCUGUUUACUUUGGAGCUACGAACGAAUUCUGCCGUGUUGUGGGAUUGUCCAUCCACAUCUGGACAGUCACCUCCUCCUCGAGAGUCUCACACUGCCGUGGCAUACACGGACCAGAGAACUGGAAAAUCCAGUCUAGUAAUAUAUGGUGGGAUGAGUGGCUGCCGUUUGGGUGAUCUUUGGUUCCUUGACGUUGACACUUUAACUUGGAACAAGCCUGAGGUUACUGGUGUGCCACCUCUCCCUCGCUCUCUGCACAGCGCAACCCUAAUUGGCAAGCGGAUGCUCAUCUUUGGAGGCUGGGUGCCUCUAGUCAUGGAUGAUCCCAAAAUACCAGCCGGCCACGAAAAGGAGUGGAAAUGCACCAACACUCUGGCCUCCCUGGAUCUUGAAAAAAUGGCGUGGGAGAACCUGAACAUGGACAUGUUUGAGGACAGCAAUAGCCCUCGAGCCAGAGCUGGACAUUGCGCUGUCGGAAUCCACUCGCGACUCUAUGUUUGGUCUGGCAGGGAUGGUUACAGAAAAAUUUGCUGUAAAGAUUUAUGGUACAUGGAGGUAGAAAAGCCUCCAGCUCCUGGACGAGUUCAGUUGGUUCGCGCCUCAACAACCACCUUGGAGGUGUGUUGGUCGCUUGCACCAUCAACUGAUUUUUACAGGCUGCAGGCCCAAAAGUAUGACAUGCCCGCUCCACCAGAAAAACCAGCAGAGAAAGAAAAGCCCGCUGAAAAACCGCAGCCUGCAACACCAGUAACUCCAGCUCCAGAAGCAAAAGAAUCUCCAGCAGCUACAACUGCUCAGCAAAUGUCAGGAAUCCAAGCUUUGGCUGAUGCUGCGGCCGCGAAAAACAAGAUUUCUGGUGUUUUAAGACUAGUGCCAUCUAAUGCUGCCACGCCCAAAGCUGCAGUACUUUCUAACUAUCAGAUUAGGAGAGCAGUUACUGGCACCGCCACUGACGCUGCAACCCCCAAGACGAGCCCACAGACCAUUAAAAUCGUGCCACCCGCAGCGGGCACUGUGCUCAAAACAGCAACAAACCAAGCUGGAAAGCCUGUCAUCAUCAGCAAAGGUCAAGGUGGACAGAUUGCCUUUGUCAAGACCAGCCAGGGAUUGACUAUGGCUCAGCUUCCUAAAAUGACAACAAUGGGCGGUACGCAAGGUAAAGGUAUUCCCCAAGGCGCUACCAUUGUUAAGCUUGUGAGCGCGAAUGCUGCUUCCGGUCUGGGUGGCAAGCAGACCAUCGUCAUCGCUAAGCCUGGCUCCAACACGGGCAGUCUUACAACUGCCAGUGGUCAGAGGCUCAUCAUGGUGACGUCAGGCACAACUCUCCGCACGGUGCAGGGGGGAGGCAUCACCACUCAAGCGCCAUCGGGGGUUGGCGGAAAUCAGAUGAAGAUGAUAAUGAUCCAGCGGCCAAACCAGGGUGUCACAGCAUCUGGAACUGCCACCACGGUCACCAACAGCAACGCCAAACCCAUAGUAAUGACCUCGCCUGGAGCUCUGAAGGCUGCUGAUGGAGUUGUCACGACACAGGGUUUCAUUGGAGGGAAGCAAGUGACCCUGCAGAUUAACAAGUCGGCUGCUGGCUCGUCUGCCUUGCCGAAGACUUUGACCCUUGUGCCGACUGCUGACGGGAAGCAGAUGGUGGCUUCAGCCAUCAAGGUCGUGCCAGCCGCAGCUGCUGCCGCGACUACUACGAGUCCGGUGAAGCAGCCUCCACCCUCCGUCACACAUGCCACUCCGAUUGACGGACCCGUCACUACAGACGCAGCGCUGGCCGCUCUGGCCGCUGAAGCAGGCUUGCUGGACCCCAUCGAGGAAAAGGCUGUUGCACCUGCCGUGGCGGUAAAGACAGAUGAAACCCCUGUCGCUGCCACUACUGCAGCCACCACCCCCUCCACAACCGCAACGCCCGCUGUUGCUGCUGCUGCAACUACCACCACCCCUACUGAGCGCCCUGCAGAAGACUCUGCUCCUGCUCCUCCUGCCUCAGAGGAAACACCAGCGGCUCCAUCUGAAACGCCAACGCCAGCACCGCCGGCAGAGACACCUCCAGAGGAGAGUCAACCUGAGGCGAAUCAGCCACAGAUGAAGGUGGAACCUGAAACUACUGAGGGUGAGGAGAAAAAGGAGGAGUCUAAAGAGGCGGAAAGCGAGGAGCCCAAGUCAGAUGUUAAGCCUAUCAAGGAGGAGCCGAUGGAUGCCGGUGAGAGUGAGCAGAAGGCGGCGGAUUUGGUGGAUGAUCCGUUAGCAACACUGGCGUCCGCUGCGAUCAGCACUGCGAACGGCAAUGGACUGAUUAAACCUGAGCCUGAGACCAAACAACAAGAAGAGCCACCCACGCCAAAGGUGAUUCCGCAGAGUCCUGUGAAGAAGGAGACCGCCUGGUAUGACGUCUGCCUCACUAAAAGCACUUCAACAAAGGUGGAACACUAUGGUCUGCCAGAUGAUGACUCUAAAUUCAACUUUGACGUGACCGGUGAUGUGUUAAAUUUUGUAAUGAGCGGGAAGAAGUACGCUCUUCAGCCUGGAACUGCCUACAAAUUCAGAGUGGCCGCAGUCAACUCCUGUGGCCAGGGACCGUGGAGUGAGGUGUCUGCAUUUAAAACUUGCCUGCCAGGCUUCCCGGGCGCUCCUUCAGCAAUUAAAAUUUCAAAGUCUGAGAGUGGAGCACAUCUGUCGUGGGAGCCACCUCAGGCCACCUCUGGCGAAAUUUGUGAAUAUUCUGUCUACCUGGCCGUGAAGAGUGCUAACACCAACCAGAAAGAUGGCGACUCAAAGGCAGUAGCAAGCUCACAAACACAACUAGCCUUCGUCAGGGUUUACUGCGGCGCUAAUAACCAGUGCAUGGUUCCCAACUCGUCUCUGUCUGCUGCACACAUUGACACAACCACCAAACCCGCCAUUAUCUUCCGCAUAGCAGCCAAAAACGAAAAGGGUUAUGGUCCAGCCACCCAAGUUAGGUGGAUUCAAGAAGUGUCUGUUACUGCUGCGAAAAAUCAAACAUCAGUCAAGAGGCAAGCCGACCCAAAGACAGUGUACUCUGGAAUUAAGAAACCGAAGACCGAGGAAGGCAUGACCAUGUAGUGUGUAUGACUGCGACUGGACUGAACCACCAUUCGCUUAACUUUCGAACUACUUCAAAUCAAAUCCGCGUCAGUGUUUCCUUCGAAAACUUCCAGGAAAACCACUCACACACUCAUGAGAAGUGAAAGGCACUGAUCUCAAAUUAAAAAGCAUUCUUGGCUAUGGAAAAUUUGCACAGCAUUUUACACUCACUCUAUUUUAGCUGGGAACAGGCAGACUAUCACUCUUUACUGCUGUUUUGUACAAACGAUGACAAAAAUUAACAGUUGCAAGAUUAUAACGAACUUUAUCUCUAUUGCGAUAGUUUAGGAGCUUUGGCUCAUUUUAACCCAUCUAAACGUUGAACUUAACUGUGGAGGGGUUGCUGUCAAUCUAUGUGGGUCCUGAGCACUCUGUAAUAUGACGUUAAGAAUGAAGAACGAUACAUGGAUAUGUGUUUUGUUAAUUACUUGGAAUCCUCUGAGGCUGGUACUUCCAGCCAAUUUUCAUUAAAUUUGCAUCUGGCGUGACCAAAUGAACAUUUCAUUAUUUGACCUUCUGAUUUGCCCAUUUAAAUAUUAAAUAUCUGUAAAAUUCGUCAAGUUUUUAUAUAUUUGAAUUAUGUAUGUCUAAAUGAUGUAAAGUAAUAAGCAAUAAAGUGUCCUUUAUUUUCUUUAAACGUAAAAAA